CAGCUAUAAAGGGAAAGGUUACUCCAAAAACGCACAGUAUGUGAGAAACAAGCGAUCUCAUCAAUCUACACGGGUACAAAAGCCAUAACAAUGUGGUCAGGGCAAAACCUGUCCAGAAUACUAAUCAAGACUCAUCACAUGACAUCCGUCAAAAAAAUCGAAAAGAUAACCAAAGCUGCGAAGAAAUUAGACUGUGCGGUAUUAUUGAAGACAGGAAGACCGCCUGGAGUUAUGCUUGCGGAAGGGGAGGUUGGGAAAGCCGAGGAAUGGUUGGACGUUGUGAAGGUAGGUUUUCCUUCGCGGUGUAAUUGCUUUGAUCAUGACCAAAAAUAAAAAGUGCUUGCUUUGAAGAAUUGAGCAUGCUUGAGAUCCGAAAUGAAAGGCUGAUGAAAUAUUGAGGAAUAUAGAAUCUAAGAUAUAAAAAUUUCGAAUUGAUGAAGAAAGAAGAGGUUGAUUGGAGGAGAUUGGAUGUACCAAUUGGAAAGGUUAAGCAAUUGGAGAGUUUGAAGGAUUAUGGGAUAGAGGUGGGGAAGGAUGAGAUUUUGAGGAAGUGGUGGAGGCUACAUAUGGGGUUUGUGAAGGGAGAGAAUGAAGAUUGAUGUGGUGGAUGAAUUAUAAGAGAUGGAUGGUAUGAUUAUGUAUCAUUCACUGGGAUCGAAAAGGGAGGUCGGGUAAUGGGCUGCUCUCCUGUCAUGACUCAAACUUCAUUACUCUUUUCCAUACAUCAACUCUCUAACAGCCGUCGGAUUCUAUAAAAAAGACAGGAAACACCAAAAAACCCGAUUGUAAGUUCACUAUGGAUCCCAGCAACUCCGGUCCGGCCUCUCUCCCUACCACGGCAUGGCCUAGGUCGCCAGACUCACCAGCCAAUCGAGGAGAACUCGCCACUGCGGUUUCAUUGUCAAUGUGCAAUUCCGAAUGGGUGGAUGACUGUAUAUCAACCGCUUUCCCCCAUAGUGCUCGUCCUAGGUCAGAUCUCCUCGCACCCUUCUUUCCACCGGACGCACCUCAGGGAGAAGCAGCACAAUCUCCAAUCCAAACUCGAACUUCUGCUUACCCUCCCACGCCAAUAGAAAACCAGACGCUCCUAGGACCAAGUUAUGGAAGGCAGAAUGACAGUAGAUUACCUUCUGAAUAUCCGUAUAGUCCCCGCUUUGCGCGCGAUGUGCAAGAAAUGAUUCAUUCACCAACUUCGAUAUAUCUUCAGAGCGAUUUGCCAGAUCCCCUUCGUGUCUCUCGAGAUUUUAUCUCUACAACUUCGAGAUAUCAGACUGUAUACCCUGGACCUUCUCGCUCACCAAAUCUAAUUCAUCUUUCAGAUCUAACUCAAUCUCCGGUAAGCGCAGGCAUGUCUGAACUUUUCCCCAAACACAUAGAAGAUGUACAGACAUGUACAUCCUCACAUACCGCUGUUCCAUACAUCGAUCUUCUUUCCCAAAGUCCUGCUCAACAACAUGUCACACGUUCUCAAUCCCAGGACUACCAACCGCAAUUCUCAGCUUCGCCUGGUCCGUCAAAGUCAGAACCUCCAACUCGAACCGCAAGAUCAUCAUCAAUCAUCAUAGGUCUUGACCAAGGAAUUUACAGGUUCCCCUCUACAUUCUCCCAAAAUCAAAACAAUCAAGACCUUUUCUACGCGACCCAGAAAGAUGACAGCAGGUUCAGUCGACACCACCCCUCAAGCAAAGGAUACAUCCAUCGACAAAGAGCCAACUCGUUAGACCGAAGCCCCGUACCAACCGAUCCCCAAGUUGCCAAACUCCGGGACGAACGAAUCACCGCCGGUGAACAACCCUUCACACCUACCGAUAGAACUCCCACCUACCAAGAAUUCCGACGAACAACCCAGCCUGUGGAUUCUCCCCGUUCAGAUCAAUUCCCACUGCCCGCUUCUGCACUUUCGCAAUACAAAAAUAUUCCAGCUCAUCUUCAACCUGCCCGUAAGUCGGACUUGAGAUUUCAUCCUAUAUUGGUGCAGGAAAUAUACGAAGAGAGGUGUAAAGUCACGGCGGGAUACGAGGAUUUGCAGACGUAUUUUAGUGAUCCGAAACAGGGUCCUUAUAAGCAUUUAAAUCGGGAGGAAUGGGUUAAACUUUACGAAUAUUUAGAAGUGAGGGAUCGGAGGGUGACAGAGAGAGAGAUUGUGUUUGAUUUGAAGGCAAUCUAGGGAGUGGGGUGAAGAUGAGGGAUUAUAGUCGCGGUGUUGUUGCUUGCUAAGUUGGUGUGCCGUUCAGACGAUUGAUACGAGCUGCGGUGAUCAGAUAUAGGGGCUUUGUAUUUGCGCAUCCCGUGAUAAUCGAUGAUUUAUCUUGCUUUAUGUUAAUUUUCAUGAGUGUUUUGACGCGGUCGAUAUGGUUUG